CUGUCCCCCUUUUGAAGAGCUGAGCCUUUUUCCUGGGAUUCACUGUGUCAGACUUUUAUCCUCUCAGAGAAAAGUGGACAGAUGGCUGCUAGGAUGAAUAUAACAAUGGUUCUGGUUUCUCUGCUGCUCCUGGGUUGGACCGGGACCCUCCAGGGCCUCCCUGUGCUCCCUGAACCUCUUUACCCAACACAGGAGAACUUUGAUCUGACCCGGUUUAUGGGAACAUGGCACGAUGUUGCCGUGGCGAGCAGCUGCCCCCAUAUGCAGCGUCACAGGGCAGAUGCAGCCAUUGGUAAACUGGUUCUGGAAAGAGACACUGGAGGCAAACUCAAGGUGACACGAUCUGCACUCAGACAUGGAACAUGUAUGGAGAUGUCUGGAGAAUAUGAGUUAACCAGCACACCAGGACGAAUCUUCUACCAUGUUGAGAGGUGGGGCGCAGACGUGGACGCCUACGUGGUUCACACCAACUACAACGAGUAUGCAAUAGUAAUAAUGAGCAAAAAGAAAACAUCGGGGGAGAAGAGCACCUCAGUUAAGCUGUACAGUCGGACGAUGUCUGUGAGAGACACUGUGCUGGAUGACUUCAAAACUCUGGUCGGACAACAGGGAAUGAGUGACGACACCAUUAUCAUCAAGCAGAACAAAGGUGACUGUGUUCCUGCAGAACAGGUGGAAGAAACCAAAGCUCAGCCUGAGCCCCAGCGGCUGAGGAGACAGGUGGUGCCGUCUCUGGCUCCUGCAGAAGAGGAGGGAUCCGGUGAUAUGGCACCUCUCUUCAAUGGAGCCGAGGCCUGCAAAGCGGCACCAGAGAUCGGACCGUGCUAUGGGUCGUUUCCGCGUUUCUUCUACAACUCGUCCUCGAUGAGCUGUGAGCGCUUUACCUUCGGAGGGUGCAUGGGCAACCAGAACAACUUUUUAAGUGUGAAAGAGUGUCUGCAGAGAUGUCGCACUGAGGCUGUUUGCCGUCUGCCCCUGGACCCUGAACCCUGCACAGGUCAGUCGUCCAUCUGGGCCUUCGACUCCAUCACCGGUUUAUGCUUGCCCUACAAAGACGGCUCCUGCCAGAGCAACGCCAACCAGUUCUACAGCAGGGCAGAGUGCCAGGAGUACUGCGGCAUCAUUAAAGAUGAUGGAGACCUCCUGACGGCAAAUUGAGCGAGAAGAGGGGAAACAUCUCAUCACACUGUGCAGAGAUGCAACAUGAGCCAACAUCACAAUAAAGAAGUGUAUCAGUGCACCUCAAAUAUGAGAAGUUACAUCACAACCGAUCACUAAUAAAACGUCAUGAUCAGUU